CUGGAAGCCAAACGCCCCGUGAGCUGGCAGAGCCAUGACGGGCCCUGGCAAGCCAACUCUAUGCUUGGCGGCCGAAAUCAUGCGAAGCUUGGAGGAACAGCAGCAAGAGUGGGCUGGGACGCUGGCAGGUGCUGCAGAGGUGAAGCUGGCCUUGGAGCUCGCCAAGAAGGCGCUCGGACUGGCUCUCGAGGAGGAGCCAUCCGAAGGCAUCGCCCGAAAGGAUGCAGCGGAGGUGCUGCAGAAGUUGCAUGACACUUGCUGGGAGCAUUUGCACGGCCAGCGUUUGUCGGAAUGCUUGAGCCUAUGGCGGGAGGUCUUUGCGCUGAACUGCUUGCUGCGUUCGACCGGGAGCGAGACUGCCCGAGAAGCCUUACGACUUCUGGAUCUAGGCUUGAUCCUUGGCGGCCCGGAGACCCAUGUGGCCGAGACCCUGUUCGCCCAGGCGGAGGACUUGGCCAAGGAGCUGGCCCGCAAGAGAGGUUUGGAUGAAGGAGGCAGUCAGUUGCUUGCGGAACCGGCGCCGUUUGGAAAACCCAGCGGCCUAGUGGUGAAACGGCCUGUGGAGGAGGUGAAGGACUUGGGUAUGGAAGACUUCUUGGUGAUCUACUUCAACAAGAAGCGACCCGUAGUGCUGCGGCAAAGCUGUUCGUUUUGGCCAGCAAUCAGGCGCUGGUGCAAGGAAGACUUCUGGUGCCAUGGAGCUCUAGGUCAGCGCUUUGUCCCGGUGGAGAGGGACUACUGGAUGGAGGAGGGCUUCGAGAUUAUGCAACUCAAAGACUUCAUCCAGCACUGCAAGGCUGAAGCGUCCGAGCGGAGCACCAGCCAAGCUUCUGCUGUGGAACGGCUGUCGAAGGGGGGCUACUUGGCGCAGCACGCCUUGCUGGAUCAGCUGCCCAGCCUGGAGGCAGACGUCCAAACGCCAGACUUCGCUCUGUGUGGAAGCACGGGGACCGUGCUCCGCCAGGUCUUCUUUGGCCCGAACGGCACGGUGACGCCUGUUCAUUGGGACCCCUACGAGAACAUCUUCUGCCAGGUGGUGGGCGAAAAGUACUUGCGCCUCUAUCCGCCCAGCGAAGCCCCGAAGCUCUACCCGCGGACAUCCAGUGACCAGGAGAUGCAAAACAACUCUCAGAUCGAGCCAGCGGACUUGCCCCCUGACCUCGUCGACCUGGGUCGGACGGUUUCCGCCGGGAAAGCGGCAGCCGCACGGAUGGCUGCAGGACUGUUUUGGAUUCUCCCAAAAGAAUUUGGCUGAAGGAAUGUGUUUGGGUCAACCACCUGUGACAGUGUAGG